UUUGAUUGCUGUAUACACGGCUCCACUGAGCUGGCAGUGACUGCCUCUGGGAAGGGUUUAUGGUUGAGAAACCAGAAAUUGAUCGGAAAGUCUCCAUCACGGUAUUCGAACUAGGAUUAAUAUUAGUCUGUUUUACUGACACGAGAGGGGCGUCUUACUUUCUGGGUUUUCCCAAGUGCUUGUCGUUGCAGCUUGUGGAUGCUUGUUAAGAAUGAAGCCUGUGAUAGUAGUCCAUGGUGGUGCUGGGGCAAUCAUGCCGGGAAAAGAUGAAAAGUACAUGCUGGGUGUAAAGCGGGCAGUAGUAUCUGGUUUCAAAAAACUUCAGCAAGGUGGCAGUGUGGUCGAUGCUGUUGAAGAAGCAGUUGUAGUCAUGGAAAAUGACCCCAUAUUUAAUGCAGCUUCUGCCUUAAUGGAGGUUCCAGUUAUGUUGGGGACGUCAGAGAAAGUGCUUUUUGCAGAUAUCCUGCGAGAAAGGAAAUUGAAACUAUCCUCUAGAGAUCCAUGGCUUAUGACCAGCGAAGAUGGCCUGACCGAGAAAUUUAACCGUUUGGAGCAUUUAAUGUUAAAGGAGGUGACUGUUUUUUAUGACAUUAAAUUACUAGAAAAAUAUGUAUCUUUAAACAUCAUCCCAAGAGGUUUGCAUAUUGACCGCUUACCUGCUGGGGAGUUCAAUGAAGAGGAAAAGCUUAUGGAUGUAAGGGAAAAUGAUGGUGGGGACGUGCAAGCAUUAGACUUUAAUAAUGAACAGCACAAAACAUUUUUACAGGCUAUGGUUAUUUGUGUCCCUACAUUGUCUUUUAAGAAAAAAAAGUAUAAUUUGACAAAAGAUGAAUGGACAGAUUUACAGGAAGUACGUUCACAGCUCAAUGAGUAUACUUUCACAGAGGCUGAUAAGGGUGGUAACUGGGUUAUUAUGAACAGGAAACAGUAUGAUGAAAUGACUGACCAUGUACUGCUAACUGAGCGCGGUGCUUCUCAGUUUGCUAAAGCUAUGAAUAUUCCUGAAGUUUCCGAAGAGUCAUUAAUAACAGAAAAAUCAUUAUUGUUGUGGAAGAAACCUAUAGACUAUCAGCAAUCUCUUGGGACUGUUGGUGCUGUUGCUGUUGACAGUGAAGGCAAUGUGGCUUGUGCAACUUCUACAGGAGGAAUGACCAAUAAAAUGCUUGGCCGUGUAGGUGACACACCUUGUAUAGGAAGUGGAGGCUAUGCUGAUAAUUUCAGUGGUGCUGUUUCAACUACUGGAAUGGGGGAAGCAAUUAUGAAGGUGACACUUGCAAGACUAGUCUUGUUUCAUAUUGAACAAGGAAAGUCACCAACAGAGGCAGCUGAAACUGCAUUAAAGUACAUGCUAGACAGAAUACAGUCUCGGGCAGGGUUGAUAGUUGUAAACAAUUCUGGCGACUAUGCUGCAGUGUUUACUACCAAUCAAAUGUCAUGGGCUGUAGUAAAGGAUGACCAGCUCCAUUAUGGCCUUUCUCAAGGGGAACUGCAUACCUGUAGCAUUUCAGAUGUACCUCUGUAAAAACUUCCUUAGGCAUUACUGGGAAUGAACUCUACUCUAAACUGUUAUUUGGUUAAUAAAAAUAUUUAAUUUAGUGAACUUCUGUAUGACAUUCCAUUUGUGCAAAGCUAUUGACCAUAUUUUUGUUUAACUGUGUUAUUUUACAGAAUUAUGUAUAGUGCCAUUUUACACCUGUUUACAAAGCUGGGCUUAAACAAAUAUUUUGCUUACUUUGGCUUGUGGCUGUUGUGUGUAAUUACAGAUCCCACAACAGUACGUUAUGGCUAACAUUAACACAGAAGUGUAUAUCUGGUUAGGAUAACUGGCUACUGCUCAGAAAGCAUUGGUAUAUCUUGAUCAGACUUUUCCCUGUCCUCCUGGUUCCUUGGGAGUUUCAUCCUGUUUCAGUUACUACAUAUGAAAGUAACUGCUAUUAAGCAUUGCCGUGGAUUACACUGCCUCAAAUAACAGCAGACUGCAAGUAAUGGAAGUGACUCUUACCACUCAUUUAAAUGCAGUUGUGGGUUUGCAGACUCCAGGUAACCAAGGAGAAAAUGGCAAAGGCAGAAUUAAUACAGGAGUAGAUGUUGGAAAAAAAUGUGGAGCUCUAGGACAAAUCUCAAACAGACCACAUUUGUUUUCAACCAUCCCUUAACACAAAAAAGGAGGAAAUUACACAAGACUGUAUGAAGUGGUACUUAGGGGGCUGGACAAAUGAUUCCUGAAAGCACUCACAUUGAGUCGACUUGCUACGUAGUGGCCCUAGAAAGCAGCCCAGACCCUUAUUAGUGAAAUUUGAUUCAUAUGCACAAAAUGGGGAAAUUCGUUUAAUACUUUAGAAAAAGGAAAUGUUUGUAAAGUUAAGAUGCUAGAAUAUAUGCAGACAGUGGUUACUCUUGUACAGACUCUAGAUUAUAGUUAUUCCAGCUGUUAAAAAGUACAGGGGGAUGAACCAGCGCUUCAAGAUGAUACAUCUAGCUUUCUUUAGUGUUCUGUCAGGUACAGGAUAAAUUCAGAUCCUAAGUAAAUGCUAGACCAGCUGAAUAAAAUGGAGGUGGGGUUUGAGAGGACAGCAGCAGAAGGAUCUGUAUUGCAAGGUUACCAAAACAAACAAACAACCAUAAGCAUACUGCAGUGAAGAUUCCUGAGAAGCCCUUCCCAUUAUUUCAAAGGAAAAUGCUUGAUAAAUUGUAGCAAGUAGAAGAAAAUACAAACAGUAAGGGAGUUACUGAGGGUUGAAAAGCGUGAGGAAUCGGUUGAGAAACUGAAUGGAAUGCUAGAGGAAGUACUGGACAAUUACAUGUCUGUCUAGGACUUGCUGUAUAAAAGUGUGAACGUUUUGUAACAUUACAGUAAAUGUUGUUUACAUAAAGAACAAAUUAUCUAAGUACUAAUUUUGCUAUGGAAUUGCUCAGUGAAUUGAGAGUUAAGUUUGCAUCACAGUUUUUUUCAGUUGGGAUGGUGAUGAGUGUGAUUUAUUGUGUUAUACUGAAAAGUAGCUAUGAAUGAUAGGAUGGACUAAGAAGGAAGGUAAUGUAACUCAGUAGCUACACAAAAAAGACAGACUAGUGAAGGAUAGGUUAAUAGGUUUUAAAACAAAAACAAUAAUAGUAAAAGUAAUGUCUUUUGGCUUUUCCUGGUUAGGGGUUGCCACAGCGCAACUCUGGUCCACUAAUGAUUGGCAGUGGAUUUUUACAGUGCCGAGGGCCAGUCUAACGCCCAACCUUCAAGAAAGGCACACCUAUUCACGCACGCACCUACCUACAUGUCUUUAAACAUUACUCACCGCGAGGAGGACAUGCAGUCUCUACAAAAAAGUAUGAAAAGAAGUUCCAUUUUGAUGUAACAAAAUGGUAGGGUCCAUUCAAAUGAGUGUGUAACCAUGGGAGUCAAGAGUGAAAGAGGAGGGUCAUAGUAUAGGAUAAACAGUGAUUGACUGAAAAAGGGGAAUCCACAACUUUGGUCAUAACAGAUUGAUGGCAGUGUGUGAUACAUUUUGAACAUUCUAAACUGUAAACAAUAUUGACUUUAUUGGUAAACUGUCAGGCAUGGAGGCAUAUAAUUUAAAGGGGAAUGAAUAGUAUACAUAAAUUUAAAUAAUGGUGACCCAGAGAUGUAGAAACGAUUAUUGGUAGCAGGUAGAGAAGGAAAUGAAGAAAAGCACAGGGAUAUAGAUAUAAAAGUGUACAGAGGUACCUAGGAAAUUAUAGAAAGUUGAAUGAAAAUAAAAGCAAUAGGGAGAGUAGUUUACAAGAAGAGGUUAGCCUGGAACCACUAGCAGGAAGAAGCGGUUGGUUUAUUGAAUCUCUUGAGCAGCUAUAAGAGAGUGCUGGCUCAAAUGAAGGAAAAAUAUGACCCUAUUGUAUUAUGUAUAUUGUUAUACCAUUGGGUCAUGGAAAAAGACGGUUUUCAAUAUUUUAGUUAAGAAGGUAAACAGCCAGUUAAAAUAUAGGUUUUAAACCAAGAAAGUAGGCCAAGGAAGUCUAAUAACUAAAAAUACAUGAAAUAAAGGGAUGGAAAAUAAAGAUGAAGCCAGCAUUUAAAUAAAAUAGAAAAAUGAGAAAUGGAAAUGAGAGUCUUCACUUGGAACGUUCAUGGUUUAAUAGAUGGAAGCAAAACAGAGAAGAUAUUAAGAUAUAUUGAAAACGGUGCAAUACAGAUGUUGGGGUUGUAGGAGACUCAUCCUGCUUUAGUGGAACAUGAGAAGCUGAUAAAAAUAAUUAAGAUUUAUGACAGGAGAAACGUAGAGAGGGUUAUUGUUUGGGGGCUGGCAUAGUGGUUAAGGUAUUUACAUCACAGCCACAAGGUACAAGGUUUGAUUUUCAACUUUGAAAGAGAUUGGCUAGGCUUAAAGUGGCCCACAAGAGCAGUUAGCCUGGUAAUUAACCUGUGAAUGUAAAAUAGACUGAUGAAAUACAAAUACCUGAGGAAAUAUGUGAUAGGCUGGGGAGGUAUAUAAUGACAGAAGGUGCUUGGUGAAGGUAAAAGUAUAACUUUAGUAAUAGUAUACCUUCCAAUCUACAACAAAAUAUUAGAGAUGAAACAAAUACUGAGGCAGGUGGUAGCUAUUCAGCAGGGUAUUACACAAAUAGCAGGGACUGGAAUGUGAUUUGCAACAAAGGCGAUGUGUCGGGAGGGCCAAAAAGGGUGAAAAUUCCAUUAGAAAGAAGGUAUCAAAAUGGGACAUGGUAAAGAAGAAUGUAAGACAUGGGUACAAUUAGAUGGAUAUUCCAUAACAAUGAGCUCCUGUAUCUAAUCCAGCCGAAAACAACUCAUCCAGUUACAUUAAUGGAUCGAGAUCCCCUGAUAGCUGAAAUUAGAAAAAAGUGAAGUAAAAACACUGACAGUUCCCUGUGUGUAUAUUAAAGAGAAAACCUUUUGCAAACUGGGUAGGAAGUCAAAUGAAAUGUUAGAAGAGACGGAGACCAGGAAAAUGGUGCUGACUGGGACAUGGAGAUAAUGGCAAAGAGAAGUUUGAAAAUGUAAUUAAAUAAAAAGGUAAGAAAAUAUAAGCGGGAAAUAGAAUUAGGUACUUGGAUUUGAUAAAAAAAAGUUAACAAGCUGCUAGAUUCCAAAAGGGUAGAUUACAAUGCAGGAAGAGAGGAGCAACUAAAACGUUAAACAAUCAGUGGUAGAUUACCUAGAAAACCUAAAUUAAUUUAGAGCUAAGGCAUUGAAAUUUACAUUUUUAUGUCCACCACAAUAUAACAUUGUGUGUGUGUUGUGUGUGUGCGUGCGUGCAGAUAGGAAGAGUGCUGCCUGUUAGUUUCAAAAACUUGUGCAUGCUACGAAACUCAAAUGUUUCACACUUCCAGAUUGCCUUUUUUGUAUAGAAAAGCAUGUCUAACUUCAAAUUGUACAUGCACACUGCAUUUGAUGCUGAUUUUUAAAUAAACAUCUUGGACUUCA